GCGGCCGGAUCCCCUUGGGCAGGAGGAGUCGAGCCGAGCCCUGAGCCCGCCGGGCUGCGCCACGGGGCACCGGCAGCGGCACCUGGCCGCCACGUCGGGGCGGCUCCGGCUCCUUCCCGCGCUGGUUCUCGGGGGUCUUGAGCCCUCCCUUGGCUUUCCGGAGCCAGCUGCUGCCUUCUCCCGCGGUUUGCCACCGCGCAGCACGCCCGCCACCCCCAAGAUUGAGGGUCUCCAGCUGUCCCCCUUCAGAGGCACCUGCUGCUCUCACCCCGUCCAUGGGCUCCCUCCCCGGGCAGGGCUGCCGCCUUCCCCAGGUAGCUCAGAGCCGGGUUGUAGCCAGGAUGCUCCAGAAAUUAUGCAAGAGGCAAGGACUGCGUAGGCUGAGAUCUUUUAUUGGACCAGCUGGUUGGGAUAUCCACAGAGGCUGGACUUUCCUGAGGCUGCUGGUCCUUGUGGCUGGUCCUCCAUCUAGCAACAUGAGGAGACACUGAGCAAACUGAGAGCCAGUCCAUUCACUUGUCCAGGAUGUGACUGCUGCUAACUAUCAGCAUCAACACUUACUUAUUUGCCAUUUUUGCAGAAAUGUUCAGUUUAAAAAGUGACUUUUCUGCUUGAGAAGUACGCUCAGCAAAAGAAUCACAAGUUUCAAAGACUGUUCUAUGUGGAAAUUGCUACCUACCCUAUUACCUGGUUGAGUGAAACCAGACUAAGAACUUUUGCCAUGGCAGCUUUUCUACUGGGAGCUGUGCUGCUUAUUGCUCAACCUCAUAUAGUGCCUUCCAGACCAGCUGUACAUCCUAAGGCAGAGGCUCCUUCUCAGUCUGUUCAGAAAGAACUUUUAAAGAAAACAUCUCUCAAAAAUGACUUUAAAGAAAACAUUCAUUCUAAUGGAUCUCGCCAGCAGCUACCACAAACUAUCAUCAUUGGAGUAAGAAAAGGUGGAACAAGAGCCUUAUUAGAGAUGUUGAGUCUCCAUCCAAAUAUUGCAGCAGCAGAAAGUGAAGUCCAUUUCUUUGACUGGGAAGAUCAUUAUGGAAAUGGACUACAGUGGUAUAUGAAUCAAAUGCCAUUCUCUUAUCCCCGUCAGAUCACAGUGGAAAAAACCCCAGCAUAUUUCACAUCACCCAAAGUGCCUGAAAGAGUUUAUAACAUGAAUGAAUCAAUAAGAUUACUCCUUAUUUUAAGAGAUCCAAGUGAGAGAGUAUUAUCAGAUUAUACCCAAGUGUUCUAUAAUCAUGUGCAAAAGCACAAGCCGUAUCCUUCCAUUGAACAAGUUCUGAUUAAAGAUGGUGAACUCAACGUGGACUACAAGGCAAUAAAUAGAAGCUUAUAUUAUAUUCACAUGGAAAACUGGUUGAAGUACUUCCCUCUUGGUCACAUUCACAUUGUAGAUGGGGAUAAACUAAUCAAAGAUCCCUUCCCAGAAAUAGAGAAGGUAGAGAGGUUUUUAAGGUUGUCACCUCAAAUAAAUGCUUCAAACUUUUAUUUCAAUAAAACUAAAGGAUUUUAUUGUCUAAGGGACAGUGGUAGGGAACGUUGCUUACAUGAAUCAAAAGGAAGAGCACACCCACAAAUAGACUCCCGUUUACUUGAUAAACUGCAUGAGUAUUUUCAUGAACCCAAUAGGAAAUUCUUUGAGCUUGUUGGCAGAACAUUUGACUGGCACUAAUUUGUGGUAAGUUAGUGAUAAGCUUCAGAGCCUAUGUUCCACUGUACAUUUAGAACUUUUAAAAAGGGCAUUUAAGCUGUAAUUUAUUUGUAAAUUCCAUAAAUACUUCUGUACAGUAUUAGAUUCACAAUUGCCAUAUAAACUAGUUAUAUUUUUCUACUUGUUAAAUAUGAAAGCAUUUUGUAUUGUUUUACAUGGUUGUUAACAUUGUGUAUUAUGUCUCUAUAUGAAAGAACUGCGGAAGAUGCUCUCCUGAGAUUGUCUUGUCUUUUUAAUAAAUAAGAAAUUCAAUUCGA